AUGGACCAUAAAUCUACUUGGUACUGCAACGCGCCGAACAAGACACCCGACUUCGAUUCGAUGCUGCAAGGACUGAUGGUAGAAGACCAACACAUCAUCAAGUCCAGAAAUGAGCCGGUCUUGUGCGACUUCUUCGAGACGACCAUGCCGGGUGCGCGGAACGUGCAGGACUCGAUCCUUCAGAACGGCCAUCACCCUGACGAAUCUCAAGAGCCCCCGUGGUUCGAGAUGAACGAGGUGGUGGACCCGCAAAUGUUCUCCACGCUCGACGACCAAUCGCUGCAGGUGACCCACGUCAAAGUGGAAGCACCGGAAGCCAACAGUCCCGAGUACCAGUCGGUGGCCAGCCCGGGGCUUUACACGCCGUCUUAUCUGCAUGUGCACUAUCACCACCACGAUCACCAUCACCAACAGCAUCACCACCACCACGGUUACUUCCCACGCGUGGCACCCAUGACGCCUCCCAUUUCCGAACCAGGUUCACCCGGUAAACGGCGGACGCCACCGCCACCGUAUCCCACACCCCGCUGCAACGCCAUCCAAAGAUCUAUGAAGUUCAACAGACGAAACAACCCAGACUUGGAAAGGAGACGGACUCAUCAUUGCAAUUUUGGAGGUUGCAACAAAGGAUACACGAAAAGCUCUCACCUAAAAGCCCACCAAAGAAUACACACAGGCGAAAAACCGUACCGGUGCACGUGGUCGGCAUGCGAGUGGAGCUUCGCGCGGUCGGACGAGCUGACCAGACACUACCGGAAGCACACCGGCGACAAACCCUUCCGGUGCGAAGUGUGCGAGCGGUGUUUUGCCCGGUCCGAUCAUCUGGCGCUGCACAAGAAACGCCAUCAGCCGAAGAACGCGGCGGCCGCAGUGGCGGCGCAACAUCCGCAGCUGAUGGACCAUCCGUCGUCCAAAGGCGACCACCAACAGCAAAAGCAACAGCAGCAACAGCAGCAACAGUUGAUGAUUUUGAACGGCGGCGUCGGAAUGGUGCCCGCCGUGGCAAAGGCCGGCGGAGAGUACGUCGUCGAUGGUCAGCAGCAGCCCCCGAUCUGCAGGCAAAUGGUGCCGGCCUUGUGA